AUGGACGAGGACGACUUACUGUGCGUGGACCAGAAACAGACUCAGACUGGGGCGCAGGUGAAGCCAUGCCGCAAGACGACGAAGGUUUGCACAAGCAAAGAGGAAGCAGAUGAGGUGGAAGCUGCAUUCAGGAAGCGGCAGGAGAGCUGGGAGCAAGCUUUCCUGCUUGACAAAGAUCAGCCAGGCCUUGGGUCGUGGUUGAUGGGCCAGCGGGUGUCUUCGACAUCUUUUGUUCUGACAUGUGUGGCCUGCCGUGGUUGGGCGCAAGCAGACAUCACGUCGGAAUGGGUGCGCGGCAAGCCUAUCUUGAAGAUUGCAGAUUUGAAAAAGGAGGAGGACGAGUCCGGGCUUCACCGUGCCCCUGAUGUGGCGAUGAUCAUGGAUGUGUGGCGGAAAUUCAAGGCGGGUUCAAGCUGCCGUGCAGUAGCGGAUACUGGGGCUUUCGGUGGGCGUCAUAAAGUUGAGCGGCUGCACAGCUGCAUUGGCAAUGCAUGUCUUGAGGCGGACAGAGAUGCCCUGACAACGGCUCGUGUCAUAGCCAUUCAUCAGGACGUGCGGGCGGGUGUCCUGCAGAUACGUUUCUCAGCCACUUUGGCUGAUUGGUCUUGCCUCAGAGGGCUCUUGGGUUUGGACUGCACGCCAGGUACAAAAUCCGAGGAUCUUCAGGAAGCGACUGUGAGAAUUCUAUCGCGUUUCUGCGGAGGCGACCUGAGGCUGAUGGCCAGGAUUUCAGAAAAAGUCGAAAUGAUCGAUGCAGAUGGGGCCUCAGAUGAACAGCGAACGCUGAACCUGCUCAGUGGAAGGGCCGGAGCAGUGCGGUCAACCAUGUUUCCGAACAUCCGCAUUCGCGUGCGGGACCCGACGCAUUGCGCAAGGCGUUUGUCAGCGAAUCCUUGGGCAGUGGAUCCAUAUCUGAGCCAAACCUUCCUCUUCUACAUCGGCGGAGCUGAGUCAAUGACUCACGUGAUACAGCACUCCCCGGAUCUACGACAUGUAUUCUCAGAGAAUACAUGCAGUGUGGACUCUGGCACGCCUCUGUCACAGCAGACCCUGAAUCGAAUGAGAUGCUUAGAUUAUGCACCUCACCGUUUCGAGUCCAAAUGCAAACCACUUUGUCGGUUUGUAUUGGUGUUUGAAUCCAUCUGGAGAACGGCCUUGGAUAUCAUGGUAAGGCGAGCAGGUACAGAGCCGGCGCGAAAAGCACAAGCAUUUGUAGAAGGUGCCGACGUAGAGAGUCUGCUUCAGUUAGCACUACUGGCGGACGCGGGGCUCCAGAGCAUGGAGCUCGUGAGAUUCUACGACGGAGAUUCCUGA